UCUGUUUGCAAAUGGAUGUACCCAAAUGGAUGAACAUUACUGUCACCAAAAAGGUGUCUCCACAGUUUGAAAGCACCGUGUCAACAGGCUUCAAGAGAUGUCAGAAGCAGCGCCAUGUUGCCCACAGCUUCCAGAGCCGGGAUGAUAGUCGUGGUUUCCUCCAUGUGGGAGGAGUGUGUCGGAAACAAACAGUCUGCAGAUUUCCUCCUUUAAUGUUUGAGGCUCCACAGGCACACCCCUAUGCUGGAGCAACAGGGUACUCAGACUCUUGUGAUAACCCAGGGAAUUGUGCAAAGACAUGCCAUAUCCAGCCAAAGGGGGGCACUGCAGCAAAGCCCAGUACCUCAGUGGGUAAGCCUAAGAGCUGUAGAAAAGGGGCCUCUCAGUUUCCUAACCUGGAUGCUGAGCCAGAUGUCUUCAGUCCACCAGAUCUACGGACUCCAGAGCUGCCCUCUGUGAGAAGCUAUGGAUGCAGUGGUACUCUGCCACAGAUGAACACCCUCUCUCCAAAUCCACAUAGUGGCCUUGAUCUCUGUGCUGAUACCACUGAGAGCCUUGAACCAACAUCUUUACUGGUCAAGGAUACCCCAGAGCAUGAGUACGGAGUGAAGGUAACCUGGAGAAAACAGUCUCGCCUGAUGAGAUACCUGAGGGAGAAGGGGAUGCUGAGCCCAAGUGACAUCCUAGUGAAGACUGUAAGUGCUGAUCCCAGUCAGUGCUCAUCCCUUUGGAAAAAGGACACGCUGCCUUUGACUUGAGGGGCACAAUAACUGAAAUCCCUCUUUGCUGGCUCCAAAAGCAACGGGCAUUGCUAAGCCUAGUUGGGAGAUCAGUAACAGGAUAAAGAGAAGAACCAGGACUUAUACUGUAGGCUAAGACUGCUUGGUGCUGCAGAGAGAUGCUUCCCCCCGGAGUGCUGUCUAGCCUGACGGAAGAUCAGUCUGUACUGGAUAGUGAUGGGCGGGGGCGUGGCUGAGAGGUUCCUAUUCUCCAAGAGACUUUCUAUACCAACCCCCGGACGUGUCCUU